GCAUGGAGGAUUCGGUCGUGCGGCCUUCGGUGUUCGUGGUGGACGGACAGACAGACAUCCCAUUCAGGAGGCUGGGGCCAAGCCGCAAGCCAAGGUGCUGCAGCCCUGCCAGGGUGGGCCUGGGGCUCCUGCUGCUGCUCCUGGGGGCUGUAUUGGCCAUCCAGGGCUGGUUUCUGCUGCAGCUGUACAGGCGUCUAGAGGAGGUUGUUGCCCGCCUGCCGGACCAAGAUGCGGGGUCCUGGGAGAAGCUGCUGCAAGAGCGGAAACCCCACCACCAGACCAACCCAGCGGCGCACCUUACAGGAGCCAACUCCAGCUUGACGGGCCGCGGUGGCCCGCUUCUGUGGGAGUCCCAGCUGGGCCUGGCCUUUUUGAGAGACUUCAGCUACCGCAAUGGGGCCCUGGUGACCACCAAGGCUGGCUACUAUUACAUCUACUCGAAAGUGCAGCUGGGUGGCAUGGGCUGUCCCCCGGGACUGGCCAAUGGCCUCCCCAUCACCCACGGGCUCUACAAGCGCACGCCCCGGUACCCCAAGGAGCUGGAGCUGCUGGUCAGCCGGCGGUCACCCUGCGGACGGACGAACAGCUCCCGUGUGUGGUGGGACAGCAGCUUCCUGGGUGGCGUGGUACACUUGGAGGUGGGCGAGGAGGUGAUCGUCCGGGUGCCCGAUGAGCGUCUGGUUCGUCUACGUGAUGGCACCCGGUCCUACUUUGGAGCUUUCAUGGUGUGAAGAAGGACAGCUGUGGAUGGAGAGAGCUCAGAGGUCCCUCUGGUGACAGGCAACCUGGCAGCAGAGAUCUUGGGGGUGACGGGGCCUCCCAGGGAAUCCAUAACUUGGCAGGAGGACAGCUGGGUGGACACCUCCAGGCACCACAAUCUGCCCCAGCAUGCCUUUUUGAGGGAUCCCCUGCUUGACCCCCUGACUUCAGACCUUGUCAUGGACAAUGUUAAUGACAAAGCCCUGGGACUGAGGCACUGCAGACUUGGGGUCUGUAGACCCUCGAGUGUGACAUUUAGCCGAUUUGCCUGAUAUUCAGGAAGAAGGGAUGAGGGAUGGGUAUUUAUACUUUCCUUCCCGAAGAAAGUGGGAUUCCAGGGAUUUGGGCUGGAGACUGGCAGCUAGGUGGCUCUCCCCACUGUCACAAGUGGGGCCAGAGGAACAUUUAUCAUAAGGACUGGUCCACCUGGAAAGCCCGAUCCAGUGCCAGUCAAGUCUCAUGGACAUGCGCUGUGGACAUCCGCCAGGGACCAGGGUGUAGACGCUCCCACCAUGGUGGGUUUUCAGCUGCCCGCUGGCCAUGUGCUGUCACUGCAGAUGCUGCUGUCCUGCCCCUACCGCACAGGAAGUGCUUGUUGAGGGUAUGGAAGGAGAGAAGGAUGACUCGAUAGUCACACCUGCCUUGUCAUGGAGAAUCCAUGACACCCAGAGGAAACGGCACACACAGCUCACAGGCAGGGCCAGUGGCCCUCAGGCCCCUUCCAGGGGGUCAGGGUCACACUUGGUCAUGCCUGUCACUGUGGACUUCCACAUGCCAGGUCACUGUCAGACCUGGUGACCCACAUGGGGUCACAAUGACAAAUGUAUCUUACUCACUGAACCUGAGGGUCCUUCUUAGCCUGGACUGAUGCAUCCUGGGUUAGUACUAGACCCUG